GGUGUUUGAUGUUUUUUUUUUACGGCAUCCCCAUUUUUUUUAAGGCCGCGAGCAACGCAAGCUUUGAUAGACAUCGUUAUAAAUAAUAUUAAUAAGUUUAGUUUACUGUGUUAUACUGACCAACAAUGUCAAACAAUGGCACCCGCAAGCGUUCCCUGCCGUCGGCGCCGCGCGGCAAGCCACGGAAGCCGCGCAAGCAGCUCUCCGAAGACGAAGAGAGCAACGACUCGGUGACGUCGGAGCCGAGAGAGCAGCAGAGGACGCCGUCACCGAUGGGGGAUGAGCCUACUGUCAAGUUACCCGAGGAGCUGCUGAAGACGUUCUACAAGACCCCCGGAGUGCUGAUGAUCGCCGGCCUGGUGUCCUGGGACCUGACAGCCAAGAAGGAGAACGCGACCGCCCGCACCCAUCCCAACUUGUACACGUUCCAUCGGCUCACAGACCGCAAGUACCGCCUGAUCGUGAGCUCUUGCAGCGCGGGGCACUCCAUCCUCAUUGGUGAAGAUGGUACAGCAUAUACUUUCGGUCGCAACGGCAGCGGUCAGCUAGGCUUCGGCGACACAACCACCCGGAACGUGCCUGAAGUGGUGCCAGCUCUGCACGGCAUCAACAUCAUCCAUGCGGCCGUCGGGCGACACCACUCGCUGUUCGUCACAGACACGGGCACGGUGUACGCUUGCGGCGACAACAAGAGCGGCCAGUGCGGGUUGGGUAGCAGCUCCCCGCAGGUGCUCAAGCCUACUCGCAUACGAUACACCGGCAAACCAAUCGUCAAGGUGGGGUGCGGGGCGGAAUUCUCCAUGAUCCUGGACUGCAACGGCGGGCUGCACUCGUUCGGUCUGCCCGAAUACGGACAGUUGGGCCACAACACCGACGGCAAAUACUUCGUGACGUCGACGAAGCUCUCGUACCACUUCGAGACGGUGCCGAAGCAUAUCGCGCUGUUCUUCGAGAAGACCAAGGACGGCCACGUGGUGCCCGUCAAGGACGUCGACAUCGUGGACUUCUCCUGCGGGAACAACCACACGGUGGCCAUAGACUCAAAGAAGCGCGCGUUCAGCUGGGGCUUCGGCGGCUUCGGCCGUCUCGGUCACGCCGAGCAGAAAGACGAGUCGGUACCUCGCCUUAUCAAGUAUUUCGAUACCGCGGCGCGCGGCGUGCGCUCCGUACACUGCGGCUCUACCUACAGCCUUGCUGUUAAUGAGAUCGGUACCCUGUUCCUGUUCGGGCAGACGAAACGCACUGGAGAGGCGAACAUGUACCCUAAGCCAGUUCAGGAUCUCACCGGUUGGAACAUUCGUAGCAUCGGUACAAGUAACACCUCCAUCGUGAUAGCGGCCGACGACUCCCUCAUAGCCUGGGGCGUGUCCCCGACCUAUGGGGAACUGGGCACCGGUGAAAUCACCAAGUCAACCGCCAAGCCCAAAGAGGUAACCCGCAUGGAGGGUACGAACGUGACCCAGGUGACCAUGGGGUACUCGCACACCCUGCUGCUCUGCGAUGACUCCACGGACGCGGUCAAACAGAAGCUCGCCACCAUGCCUGUCUUUGACCCUUAGAUUCGGUAACUGUAACUCCCAUAUAAUUUAAGUGUGUUUUUAACCUACGGGUUAGACCUUUACACCCGUUGCUAAUGGUGAAUUCCACAUAAUUUAAGUUUAUUUUAAAUCCCCCGAAACCUUUCGGUAACCUGGUCUACAUACUAUAACUCACCUUUCAGUGAUAUCUACGAGUUAAUACUAUACUAUUACUAUAUAUUACCUUAGACCCGUCGCUAUUGGUACCUCCUAUAUAAAAUAGUCUGUUUUUAACUCUAUGGGAUGUUUACCUUAUGGUAAACAUUGUUACCGUAAUAUAAACAUCCCAUCACAGGUCUAUAGCUUAUCCUUCAGUGAUAUUGAUAAGUCCCCAAUACAUUUGUCUGUUUUACCCUACGAGUUAUUUACCUACAACUCAAUGCCUCAGUAAUAUUUUGAGACGGUUUAACCUACUAGACCGCGAACCAGGAACAGAUUUCCAUGACCAAUCGCCUCCCGGGUGAUAACUCGGAUAGCGGUUAACGGCUUUGUAUGAUGAACUCUCAUAGACGUCAGCUGCCGUUCCGUUGGUGGGUUGAGGAAUGGCAGCCACCGAAACACGUAAA